AAGGCUCACAUAUCUCUCUAGAUUACAAACAAACGAGUUCUUAAAAAGUGUGUUGCUCUAACCAGUAACUCCCGUUGCAGUUGCAUUCAGUUAACUUGGCUACCAGGAACUGUCUUGAUGCCUUUUCAGAGAAAAGACUCAUUGUUCUUCCUCGUUUAUAUAAUUUAUUUUCUUGCACUUGCUUAAAGAGUGACAAAGCACAAAAUGAAAACAUAAAAAAAUGUCUUUUAAAGCAAAAAAUUGUACUAAACACGACAAUAACACGAUCACACUGUCUAAGAUUGAUGUGCUGCCGUGCUUCCAAAGUUCUAAAUGAAACUAAAGUCCACUAAAACAAAGUGCAGUUCUUAAUUUUGAAACUUAUUAUUCUUUUUCGUCAGCUUCCACCUAGCCCACAGUCCUCACCCAUUUAACAAGCACUCAUGGCUUUAACUUAUAGCCAAUUCAGGACUGCGAGGUCUUGUAGUUCAAAGUGUUGGAUACUAACAAGCCUAACAAGUUUAGAUGAGCUAGACCCUUUGUAAUUUAAAAUCACAGCUCCUGUUAUUGACAGGUUACAGAGUACAAAUAUCUUGGAAUUUGGCUAAACAAUACUUUGUCCUUCUCAACCCACAUUGGCCUUUUGUAGUCGAAAGUUACAUAAAAAUAUAGGUGUUCUCUACAGAAUGUGCUCCUCCCUCAAUGUCUGUGCAAGACAAACAUUGGUUCGAACAACCAUUCUUCCUAUUCUUGACUAUGCUGUUGCUUACAGAUCGACUUGUAAGCAUCUGCUGCAAAAUUAUGAACCCUUUUAUCACUCUGCUUUAUGAUUCAUGACAAAUUCUCCAUUUAAAACUCAACACUGUACUUUUACUCAUCUAUAAAUUGGACUUCAUUAUUCACUUGUUUAAUUGGUUGCUGUUCAUUUUUAAAACUCUGCUUGGUUUUUCUGAGCCAGCUUUUGCAUUCCUCUUCCCCCAUGUAUAUUAUGUAUAUUACCUGCUCUGCUGAACUGAUCUUGUUCCCAAUUCAAACUCUCCAUUUGGUUCUCUGUCUUUUCAAUCUGCUGUGAGAGACUGAAAUGACUUUCAAAACACUCUUGGAUUGGACACUUUUAUUUCACAAACAGUAUGUAAAACCCAUUUUAUUGACCAUUUAAAGAUAAAUUCUGCUGUUAAUGACUGCAAUGAUUUUAGGGUUUCAUUUUUUUUUUACAGUGAGGCAAAGUGCAGCCACAGAAUAUGUAUUAAAAUAUAUAAAAUAGAAAAAAAUACAAAAUAUUAAUAAUACAAUGGUAAAAAUAAAUAAAUAGAAUAAUUAUUAACAUUUUAAAACAAAUAACUAGGAAAAAUCCUAAAGCCAUGUUGAAAAUGUGGUUCUUGAGCCUCGCUCUGAAACUCUCAACAAUCUUUGCAGCUCUGAGUCUCUCUUCUCUGACAGGCUGUAGCAGAGUUAAGCGACAGAACAAGGCCUCAAUGUAAAUUUUUGUUCUCACCUUAGGAACAACUAAAAGGCUAUCACUGGAGGACCUCAGGGUGUGUGAGAACUCUUAAAAGAAAAUCGUUAAGAUGAGAAGACCUAAGACCAUAAAACUAUUUAUAAAGUAUUAAAAUAUACGGUAUUUAUAUAAAAUGCAGGUUAAAAAGGAAAAAAAAUCCACUAAAAUCUUGACAAUCAGUCUUAACUAAAUCAAAAUCUUCUUGUGUUAAAUUUCAGCUACAAACUGAACUAAACAUGUAAAAGAACUACUUCUAAAAUAUGCCUGCAAACACCAAAAUAGAGUAAAUAAUGCAACUAAAUGUUUUUUUUUUAUUCAGGAUGCCAUUUGUUUUAGUUUUUAGUAGCUUUUCCAAAUGAAACAAACAUAAUAUAACAAUGUCAGUGUUUCUUUUGUCAGUUUAUUUAAACAGUUGUUACUCAAUGAAUAAACAAAUAAAUAAAUACAGUUUCAACUCAAACAAGAAUUUAAAAAAUAUACUUUGGGAAUCAUCACAGGUUUAAAUCUUUUCUUAUUUGACAGCAGAAGAAGUUGAACACGUGUUACUCUUAUAAUCGUUUCACAACUCUUUUGUAUAACGGGUCAAGAAACAGGAAAAACAAGAAUUCACAAAAAAAAAAAAAAAAAAAAACUCAUAAGGUUUUCACCAGCAAAAACCGGAUUAAUCUGGGGAAAGGGUCAAGAUUCUCUGUGUCCUUGAGGCUUUCAGGGUGGAGGCUGUCGCACACUGAUGUUCUGCUACAUUUUUCUGAUCCUUCACUGUCUUGGCCUCCUCUUCACAAGAGGGCUCAGCUCGGUGCUAACAGGAUCGCGUGAGACUUUCCUCUCUUGGAUCUUUGCCCAUAUGGUAAGAAGCAGGUGUGAACAGAAAGAUGUAACUCCUUAAAAGGGAGGGCUCUUCUUCUUAAAGCGGAUUUAAUCUCAGUGAAAAGGAGAAAAGCAAAUGCACAGCACAUCUCUCAGGUAUUCUGGAGAGGACCGGAGACGGAGCCUUUUACCCAGGGAGAUAAGGGUCGAUUCAGGAUGAGAAAUUACGAGGAUGCGGUGGCUUUUUUGGGCCAGUGGGGGCGUUUCCAGCAGACCAUCUUUUUUGUACUCUGCGCCAGCAUCAUGCCCAAUGGAUUUGGAUCUUUCACUCUUGUUUUUGUGAACGACAUCCCAAAUCACCACUGCCGAGUACCAGAGAGCAACCUUACAGAAGAAUGGCAAAAAAGUGUUAUUCCACUGACAGUGGUGAAUGGGAAACCGGAGCUGAGCAAGUGCAGCAGGUACAGACUGGAUUUGGUCAGGAAUCUCUCUGCUCGAGGAUUUAUUCCUCACAAAGACAUCAACCUCACCGACAUCGAGCUGGAGGGCUGUGUGGACGGAUGGGUCUACAGCAAAGACAUCUACCAGUCUACCAUAGUGACUGAAUUUGACUUGGUGUGCAGUGAACAAUGGAAGCAGCCAUUCACCUCCACCGUUUUCUUCAUUGGAGUUCUUCUGGGGUCACUCUUCUCAGGACCACUGUCAGACAGAUUUGGAAGAAAACCGGUUCUGUUUGCAACAAUGGCAGCACAGACAUUUUUUACAUUUGUAUCAGUCUUCACUACAACAUGGAUUUUGUUCGUCGUCCUCCUCUUUUUCAAUGGACUGGGGCAAAUAUCAAAUUUCGUUGCUGCUUUAGUGUUGGGUGCGGAGACUUUGACCGGCAAUGUGCGUGUCCUUUACUCCUCCAUGGGGACAUGCUUCGGAUUUGCUGUCGGCUACAUGCUGCUACCUCUCUGUGCUUACUUUUUGAGGGACUGGAGAUCUCUUCUCUUGGCUCUGUCUGUCCCUUGUGUGGCCUACAUUCCCCUUUGGUGGGUCCUUCCAGAGUCUCCUCGUUGGCUGCUGUCUCAAGGCAGAACAGAGGAUGCUGAAGCUAUAGUGAAGAUGGCAGCUAAGUGGAACAAAGUUCAAGCACCAAGAACCAUAUUUGAAAGCAACACCGUUGAGGUGACAAACACCAAGAAGGAGCAUUUUAAUGCAUUUGACCUGCUGAGGCACAGUAACAUCAGAACCACAACACUCCUCCUCUGCUUUGUUUUGUUUACUCUGAUUACAGGCUACUAUUGCUUGUCCUUCAACACAUCUCAGCUCCACACUGACCCAUACAUCAGCUGUUUCAUCUCUGCAGUCGUAGAGAUCCCAGCUUAUAUUUCCAGCUUUAUAGCUCUGCGAUAUUUUCCCCGGCGACUCUCCAUCAUCGCUUCAUUGAUCGCUGGAGCGGUACCACUGUACUUGAUUCAACUGGUGCCUGAAGACCUUUCCAGUUUGUCUCUCAGUCUGGAGAUGUUGAGUAAAUAUUCCUUCACCAAUGGUGCCUCGCUGAUGUUUGCCUACAUCACAGAGCUUUACCCCACGAUGCUCAGAAACACAGCCACAGGGACAACCACCACCAUCUCCAGGAUGGGAAGUUGCUUCACACCAUUCUUGUUAAGCUUAAGUGUGCACUAUAAAUACCUGCCAUACGUUAUAUUAGCAACUCUGGCUGUUGUGACUGCGAUUCUUGCCCUUUUCCUUCCGGAGAGUUUCAAACUACCUCUACCUGAAACCAUUGAAGAAAUGCAUAAAAGAGAAAGGAAAAACUGUCUAUGCAACAAAAGAAAUAAGAUUCCAUCAUCAGUGGUACCAUUGGACGACUGUCAGUGACCGUCUGCAUUCUUGUGUUUAAUAUUGUGACUGUUGCAAAGUACAGAUUUUAUUUUUCAGUUGUUGUAUCACUAGUGUUCAUGUGAUGACCACAACUUGCCUUUUUUAAGCUCAUUUUCUAAAAUGAAAACAAAGACAAUACUGAAUGUAAUCAAGUUUUAA